AAAUAUUGUUGUUUGUGGUUCUGCGUUCACUCAGUUUUAUUAGGUUAGCUUUUUGUUGUACUUACAGUAAUGUAAUUUUAAUUAGGUUUAAACAUAAUAAAUGGUUAAAAAUCUAUAAUAUAUUUUAAGCUUUAGUGACUUAAACUUAAUUGAUUGAAAAUGAAAAUCGCUGUAGAAGGAUGCGCCCAUGGCCAAUUAGAAAAAAUAUAUGAAUGUAUUGAAACAAUACAGAGAAGAGAACGUAUAAAAAUUGACUUAUUGAUAUGUUGUGGUGACUUCCAAUCUGUUCGCAAUCAUGAAGAUCUUGGGACAAUGGCUGUACCAGAGAAAUACCAGCAUAUGUGCUCUUUUUACAAGUAUUACAGUGGUGAGAAAAGAGCUCCGAUAUUAACACUGUUUAUUGGUGGUAAUCAUGAAGCAUCCAACUAUUUGCAAGAGCUCCCCUAUGGGGGUUGGGUGGCUCCUAACAUAUAUUACUUGGGCCGAGCUGGAGUUGUGAUGUUUGGAGAUAUAAGAAUAGGAGGAAUGUCUGGAAUAUACAAACCACAGGACUACCUACAAGGACACUGGGAAUGUUUACCUUAUAAUCAAAGUUCUCUUAGAACAGUUUAUCAUGUCAGGUCUCUAGAAGUGUUCAGAUUGUGUCAGCUGAGAAAUAAAAUCCAUGUUAUGUUAUCGCAUGACUGGCCAAGAGGUAUCACAGAUUAUGGUGAUACAAACAAAUUGUUAAAAUGGAAAACUUUCUUGAGGGAAGAUAUAGAGUCUAAUCGAUUAGGCAGUGUCCCAGCUAUGCAAGUACUUCGCACUCUGAAGCCAGACUAUUGGUUUGCAGCACAUCUGCAUUGUCAAUAUGCAGCCCUCGUCAAACAUGAGGAUACAGAAACAGAGACUAAGUUCUUGGCUUUGGACAAAUGUUUGCCAAAACGCAAGCAUUUGCAAAUACUGGAUAUACCUUCAGAGUAUGAUGGGGAGUUGUGCCUAAGACAUGACGUGGAAUGGCUAGCAAUAUUGAAGAAUACUAAUCAUUUGCUGACUGUAAGGAAUAUGAAUUGUCACAUGCCUGGGCCUGGUGGACAUGGAAGGUUUGAUUUUUCACCUACUGACGAAGAAAAAGAAAAUGUAGUCAGAUUACUUGGAAGCCUUGUUAUAAAGGAAGAAAGUUUCGUGAGGACUGCUCCAAUUCACGAUCCAAAUGCUAGGAAAGUGGUUCCUACUGUACCAAUAUUGAAUCCACAAACAGUAGCUCUGUGUGAAAAAUUGGGUAUUGAUGAUCCUGUACAGGUAGUAAUGGCGCGAUCUGGUCGCGCAAUGAAACAACCACAUGCUGCAGCUCCCAGAGAAGGAACAAGGCCUACUAGUUCAGAAGAGAACGUCUCUGAAGUUGUAUCUCAAAGUCCAUCUCAGACCCCUAUGAAAUCAUCAAGGCUGUCAUUACUUCUCCCCGCACCAGUCACUCCCAGUAAUGAGAAGUCACUACAAGCUACAUCUCCAGAAACUACUACAGUACCAGAUACUCCAGAAAGCACAAUGUUUUAUGAAUGUAAGACCCCCAUGUCUACAGGUCCAAAGAAAACCUUUAAAAGACGUAACAUGUCUAAUUACACUCCAGAUCCUGAUGAGAGUGUUAGCACUAAAUCUAGUUCUUCAUUAGAUGAUAGUCCGCGAUCUAGUAAAUUACCGUACAGAGGAUACCAAUGAAAGUAUAAAUAUAGUACACAUAACACCAUAUCUGAAGAUGCUUCACGCAGAUAGGGAUGAACCUGGACGGACGGCAGCCCUACACGCCGACAAUGCAUUCCUGGUGUUAUUGGCCCUGUGUGGAUCUACCUAGCAAUAUAAUUUCAGCUCAACUCUAUGUUAUAAUGUAUGUAGUGAAAAUGUAUGCGAAUUUAGGCAAAUAAUGAAGUGCAAUGUAUUAAAAAUUAUAGAUAAAUAAUAAAAUUAGGGUUAUACAUGGAUUUAACCUUUUCUAUAGACUCUUCAUUUAGAUUUAAGCUAGAAUCAUGAUCAUGUCACAAGAUUGCAUAGAUUCCUGGCAAUUUCUUUAUAAUGUAUCUCAACCAUUAGAAUAAUUCAUUUUAUCCAUAGAAUUUAAUAUAAUUGUGCUGUAACAUAUCCUGAUCCUUUUUAUAAUAUACAACAUUUAUGAAUCUUAACAUUAAUUUAUUAUAUACUGAAAAUACUCUAAUGUUGCAUUAUCAUUAGAUCAGUCAGACAUAGGUGUAAGUCCGGCUCGACAGUUGUUAGCUUUGCUCAUGUAGUUAAUGUAGCUUAUGUAAUUAUCUUAAAAUAAAUGCACAAAUGUAUAAUCCUUUUUUAAAUUGUAUGCAGUAAUUUCAAUUUUAAAUUUUAAAACCCACAUUAGUUACUUAUGCAAUUUUUUUAGAAACCGCUUACAAGUCUAGUCAGGGUUAGGUAACAAAAAAAGAUUGGUUCAUAAUUAACAGUAGUUUUAUUAUAUUAUUUUAAGACAUGUGAUGAGCAAUGAGAUUUAAUGAAUUCCUACUUCAUAAUAUGUGAAAGUAAAUGUUCUUUUAGUUGUGGCAUGUUUUUAGGCUUGUAUGAGCAUUGGUUACAUUUCAGUUCAGUAGCCAUGAGACUUUUGUGCAACUCUGGUGACAUUUUAUUGAUGCAGCCAUUCUUUUUUAAUUCUUCGAGGACCUCUGAAACAAAAUAAGGGUGUAGUUAUUAUUAUUUUAUCCUUGAAAAUAAUCAAUUUUAAAUAAAUGAACUUUUAAAUUAA